GUGUGUGUAUGGAACAUUAAAACAUUUAAAAUUUGCACGUGGCCGUGUAAGUUUUGGAACUCAGAUCAAAUAAGUGCCUCUAUUCAUAUUUUUUUUCUUUGAUUUAUUUUAGUUUACUCUGUAGAAGUCGCUACAUUUCAAUGCACCAGGCUAGGCUAUAUAAAAGGAAAGUUAUUUUUUUCUUAGUAUGAGUGGAUCGGUGCGUGCGUCUACACCGAUGCUGUGAAUCCUGCCAGUGUCGAGUCUCCAUCAUCCUCUUCAUCACUGCAGUAAGAAGAAGAAGCAGCAGCAUCACUGCUCGGAGUCACAGCAUCACCGGACAUCCACACAGCGAGUCUCUCUGCCAUUAUAUCUGCAUCACGGCUGAGAGACGAGGCUUCACGGGAGAACCAGAGGACAUGGUGCCUUUAUUUUUGUUCCUGGUCGUCCGCAUUGGCGCGUCCAUCCCACAUCCGACACCUGCAGGUGAAGUCUGUGAACCGGUUCCAUGUGAGAACGGUGCUGACUGUCCCAGUACACCAGCUGACGAAAAUGUUUCCUCAUCAGGCUGGAAGUGGGAAGAGCAAGCUGUAAUUGCGCCCUGCAGCCCAAACCCGUGUCAUAACGGAGGGGUGUGUGAGCUCGGUGAGACCUACCGCGGUGACACUUUUGUCCGAUAUUUGUGUAGGUGUCCGCUUGGCUUCGAUGGUGUCCAUUGCCAACACAAUGUUAAUGAGUGUGAGAAAAACCCAUGUAAAAAUGGAGGCAGCUGCACAGACCUGCGAGCAAACUACACCUGCCAUUGUCCCGGCGAAUACAUGGGGCAGAACUGUCAGUACAAAUGUUCUGGACCUUUAGGGAUGGAAGGGGGGAUCAUUUCGAACCAGCAGGUAACAGCUUCCUCCACACUUCGAUCUCUGUUCGGCCUGCAGAAAUGGUUUCCGUACUUCGCCCGACUCAACAAGAAGGGCCUUGUCAAUGCCUGGAGCGCAGCCGAGGGUGACCGAUAUCCAUGGAUUCAGAUAAAUCUGCAGCGGAAGAUGAGGGUGACCGGACUGAUAACACAGGGUGCCAAGCGAAUUGGAAGCCCAGAGUACGUGAAAUCAUAUAAAGUGGCAUACAGUGACGACGGGAAGGCCUGGAGCAUGUUUAAAGUCAAGGACACAGAUGAGGACAUGAUAUUCACUGGAAAUACUGAUAAUAAUUCCCCCUCAGCUAACUCCUUCAGUCCACCAAUCGAAGCGCAGUACAUCCGCAUUUACCCACAAGUCUGCAGGAAACACUGCACACUGCGAAUGGAGCUCCUGGGCUGUGAGCUCACAGGAUGCUCUGAGCCCAUGGGGAUGAAGACCGGACACAUCCAGGACUACCAGAUCACCGCCUCAAGUGUGUUUCAGACACUGAACAUGGACAUGUUCUCCUGGGACCCCUCCAAGGCCAGACUGGACAAACAGGGCAAGGUCAACGCAUGGACAUCAGCCCAUAACGACCAGUCCCAGUGGCUGCAGGUGGAUUUGCUGAUUACCACCAAAAUCACAGGAAUUAUCACCCAAGGAGCCAAAGAUUUCGGACACGUGCAGUUUGUCGGUUCCUAUAAAGUGGCAUUCAGUAAUGAUGGGGAGAAAUGGCUCAUUUAUCAGGAUGAGAAGCAACAGAGGGAUAAGAUCUUCCAAGGAAACUUUGACAACGAAACACACAGAAAGAAUGCAUUAGAUCCGCCGAUUUACGCCCGAUUCCUCCGGAUUCUUCCGUGGUCGUGGUAUGGACGCAUUACUAUGAGAGUGGAGCUUCUGGGGUGUCCGGAGGAACAAUGAAACUACGGCACAUUUUAUGACAGACUGUGUAAAAACAACAUUUCUAAUUGUGAUCUUUCAAGGAUGCUUUGGCCUGAUUGGAAAAUGAAAGAUCUUUUGAUUACAGUCAAAAAGUUGAUGAUAGUCAAUGAUUGUUGAAUUUUUUUUCUCUCGCUCUGAAAACAGCAAUUCACCAUGCUUCUCAAAUGUUACUGUCACUGUACAACUGACUACUAUAUUUCAUAGUAUUAUUAUCAGAAAUAGUUCAAUUGUAUGCACUCAGGUCAAAGGCCACAUGCUAGAAUAGUUCAAGUAUAUGAUUUAUGAAUAUAGAGAGGAGGUGAGAACUGGUGUUCUUAUGAAUUUAUGUGGUGUAAUUUGUAAUUUAUUACAAUUCAAUCGAAGCAAAGUCAAUGAAUGAAAAGUAUAGGAGUGGGGUAAACUGUGACGCUUAGCAAGAUUUACUUCACAUGGAAAGACACAGAUUUAAGACUAAAGGCUCAUUCACACCAAGAACGAUAACUAUAUUUGUGUCCACAUAACGUUUGAUGUAGUUCUGUUUAUUUAUUAUAAGCUCACAAUGAUUUGUCAUCAGCCUUUAAAUGCUCUGUUAUCAUUAUAUAGUGGUGUAGACUCUGCUAUUCUUAGCAAUUUAGAAUUAUUUCGUAACUAUAUCUUUUCUGUUAUCUUAGUGAUCGUCCUUGGUGUCAACAGGCCUUAUGUGUGAUCAGAUUUACCAUUGCUUGGCAAAUUUUUGGGGUGAAAUCUAGUCAUUUAUAUAAAACCACAAGUUUGGGAAUUUUGCAUGAGGGGAAUUUUUCCACGCACCAAUUUCACUACAGUUUCAAGUCGGUCACAUGAAUUAGCCGCUUUGACCAACAGAGAGAACCAUUAUUCUACUCUUAAAAAUAUUUUAGGAAUAAAAUGUAAGUUUCAUGUAUUCAGAAUAAAAUUUUCACCCGUUUGAAAUACAGAGUUUGAACUCAAAACAAACUAAUAAUAAUAACAUGAUGCAUUUUUAAAUAAACAAUAAACAAGUUUAUAUAUUUAUCAUAAAUAAAACCGAAUUCACAAUGAAAAGAUUCAUGCUCAUUCUGUAAUUUCAAUAAAUGCAUUUUGAAAAUAUGAUUAUUUAAAUGAAAUCAAAUUGAAAUAGCUAAUAAUAAAUCUUGCCAUGAUUUCGAGUGAAUAAAAAUCAACUUGAUUUAUGUAUGACUGAUAAAUAUGCAUCGCAUUAAGUUUAUUAGUUUGUGCUAAAACUGUGUAUUCCAAAUGAAUAUAUUCAAAUAUGUAUAUAUUUACUUUUCAAAUGAAAAUUAGCCCAUACAUUACUCAUCCUCAAGUCAUCCUAGGUUUAUAAGACUUUCUUCUUUCAGAGGAAUCCAGUUGGAGAUAUACAAAUAAUUGUCUUUGAUCUUUCAAGCUAUUUAAUGGCACUCAGCCGGUGUUGCAGUGCAUCAGUCCAAAAGAGGUGAAAUAAAAAGUGCCCAUCCUUAAUGAAAAGUGUCUCACACAGCUCCUGGGGGUGAACAAAGUCCUCCUGUAGUGUGUUUUUCUAAGAAAAAUAACCAUAUAUAAAACGUAAUAAUUUAAUCUAGCUUGCACUCACUGUUGUACAUGGAAGCAGUUCUGGGCCAUACAGCAAUUAUGUACGAGGCCGACUUUGUGCAUGCGCCUCUCAGAAGUGACGAACGCGGAAGCACAGCAUGACAAUGGUCACUAAUCAGAAGUAUAAAAUGAGUAUUUAUAAAGAAGAAUGUUUGAGGAUUUCGAUAUAAGCCAAGAGGAGACUGGUUUUACGUUGCUAAAGUAAGGAAACUUUGCGUCCUUUGCUCCUUUUAACAAACGUUGUUUUUUACGAGAUUCACUGGUGCAUGCACAGUUCUGAACUCAUACGCAAUGUGCCUGCAACUGCUUAUGUGUACAAAUGUUGAUGGAAGCUACAUUAAAGUGACUAUUACGUUUUAAAUAUUAUUAUUUUUCUUACAAAAACGCAUUGAAUCACUACCUUUGUUCACUCCCAGGAUUUGUGUGAGAUACUUUUUAUUAUGGAUGGGUGCUUUUUAUUUCACUUCUUUUGGACUGAUGCCUGAACACCUGCUGAGUGCCAUUAAACAGCUUCAAAGAUCAACGACAGUUUUUAAUAUCGACUGGUUUCGACUGAACGAAGAAAGUUAUAAACACCUAGAAUGACUAGAAGUUGAGUAAUUUAUGGGCAAAUUUUCAUUUUGGGGUGAACUAACCCUUUAAGUGGGCGAUACAUUUACUUGCAACAACUUAGCGUUCAGUAAUUCAGAUAUGUCCAAAGUCAACACAAACAACAAAGUAAACAUGAAAUCAAAAUUAAAUGAGUUACUGCUGUAAAAAAUUCAUUUUUGUACCAUUUCUCUCAAAAAUGUGUAAAAAUACAGAAGUGAAAUGAUAUUUACACUGACUUUCAUGUUGCCUUUAACUCAAAUAAGUGAUAACAAGCCAACAAACAUUUUCUUUCUUUUUCUUCUUUUGUAGUGUUUUUUGAAAACCUGUAAAUACAAAUCACUAUAAAGCAAGAACAGUUUGGUAUAAACAUAUAUAUACUAGCUUUCUAUUUCUUCACUGCUGUAUUCACUGGACAGUUAUUGAACAGACCUGAUUAUAAUGUACAAUAGUAUUGCUGAACUCUUAAUGGUCAUUUUAACAAUAAAAAUUAAACUGUGAGACCGUU